AUGUUCAGACUACCACGCGUGUGCGCCCAGAUGGCCAUAAGACACAGCUCCCUGGCGCUGGGGCGGACCCGCAAGUUUGAUCGCAUGAUCCAGGAGCUUAAGAUCAAGCCGCUGAUUGCCACCGUGUGUUUCUCGGGUAAUCUUUGGGAGAAGCUCUUGCUGAUCCACAACGCCGGCUUCCAAGGGGUAGAGCUCACGCCUCUGGACGUGGCGGAAAUUGAGUAUCUCCCCGACAUCUACGACUAUUGCGUCGACCUAGACCUCAAGGUGACGGCGCUUCAGCCGUUUCGAGAUCUCGGUGGGUGGAACUGCAACGAGGAAUUCUACGCCAAAAUCGACGAGUUGAAGAAGUUUUUCAUCAUCAUGAACCAAUUGUGCACCAACAUGUUGAUCAUCGGUGCCAACACCCUCCCCCAUCCGCUGGACGAUAUGAAUAUAAUCGUUGACCAAUUCCGAACUGCGUCGAGGUUAGCCGCCAAUCGAGGGAUUAAAUUGGCGUACGAAAGUGUCAGUUGGGCCACCAAUGUUCACACACUUGAAAAGCUUUGUGAAAUUGUUGAAAAAGUUGACGAACCCAAUUUUGGCAUCUGCAUAGACUCCUUCCACAUCAAUAUGCAUCGUCCCACGAUUGAGAAGCUCAAUAUAUUGAAGGAGAAGUUGUUCAGCGUUCAACUUUGCGAUGCCCCCAACUUGAAGCUUACCGAUUUGGCGUACUUCGCUAAGCACUACCGUGUGCUCCCCUUCCAAGGUAAUUUCCCCUCACUCAUCGAGGACUUGAAAGUGGUGCACGACACCGGAUAUGACGGGUACUUGACGCUUGAAAUCUUCAAUCAGACUAUGGUUGACUCUCAUAAAAAUCGGGCGGUGGCAGAAGACGCCAUGCGAAGUCUUAUCUACUUACAAGGGAGCUACAGUGAUCGUUACUUAAACACCAACUAUUUCCCUCCGGUGAAAGUAGAUGCUAUUUCAUUAGGCCACUCCUACGGAAGCGCCGGACUGAUUCGUCUUUACGACAUGAAGAACCUUGCCAUAGUUACCCAACAAGUGGACGAUCUCCGCACAAAUAUGAUCAACAUGUCCUACGAAAACCGCAUGGAUAACCAGGAGAUUGUUCUUUCUAACCAAGCACACAGCUCUUCGUACAUUACCCAGGCGAUUGUCGAGGUCCAAGACAUGUUCCAAUACAAUCGGUUGGUGCUCUUUUUGCGGACGUGCUUCAAGAUGGACCCUAUACCCCACCCACUCAAUCGGUACAAUGACAUCAAUCUUCCGCGUACGCAAGCGUUUGGAUACGAGCUGGGCGGCCUCACGGUGGUGAUCAAUGUCAUCAACUACGACUUGAACCUGUUUAAUUAA